UACUACAUACGCCGUGAACGACCACACUUGCCGGUCCUGAUACAAAUCUUACCUAAUUAUAAUAAUGUAUUUUACGCCUAAACGGCUAGACGGCUGAUAAUCGACGACGCGGCGUGCUAAUCUCGUCGUGCGCAGACGUCGCCGUCGACGACUCUAUCCGUACACGUUUUCUACUUUGUAAUUUUGUCAUGCCUACUUAGUACUUAGUUGUUGUACUCUUCGGCGACGCAGUAAAAUGUAUUCGCGUGACGUGUAUACGUGCAGCCCGAGUAUCCUCGAAAACGAUCUGCACCGGGUAAUCAGAACAAACGGACAUGCCUCCUAAAUACAGAGUGUUAAAAUGAUAAUAAUAAUACAUUAGGUAUGAUUAUAAUAUAUAACAAGAAAUCGACUUGACAUAGUUUUAGAAACAAUAAUAUGUAUUUUGUUGGAGUGGACGUCGGGACGGGAAGUGUUCGGGCGGCAUUAGUCGACGGUACAGGACGAAUCCUAAAAAAAUCUACCAAUGCUAUUCAAACGUGGAAUCCCGAAGAAAACUUUUAUCAACAAUCGUCCGAAGACAUAUGGCGCAGUUGCUGUAAAGUCGUGCGGGAAGUCACCGAAGGAGUAUCAUCGGAGGCGGUCGGAGGUAUUGGAUUUGAUGCUACGUGUUCUCUGGUAGUCGUGGACAGUGAUGGACAACCAUUAUCAGUAAGCAAAAAUGGAGAACGAGAACAAAAUAUAAUACUGUGGAUGGACCAUAGGGCAAAGAAGGAAGCGGAUUUCAUCAACACAACGAAUCAUCGAGUGUUAAAGUAUGUGGGAGGUAAAAUAUCGUUAGAAAUGGAAACGCCGAAAAUUCUUUGGCUAAAAAAUAAUCUACCAAAAAACACGUUUUGGAAAAAAGUGGGAAGGUUCUUCGAUUUGCCCGACUUCCUUACUUGGAAAGCCACGGAUGCCGUCUCCAGGUCACUAUGUACGGUUGUCUGCAAAUGGACGUACUGUGCAGAUCAGACGUUGGGUAGUGGUUGGGAUCGCUCAUAUUUCGAAGAAAUUGGUCUGGACGAUUUGAGCCAAAACGAUUGGUCGGCAAUAGGCAACGAAAUAUUUGAACCCGGACGACCAUGUGGUGGCGGGCUGACCGAGAACGCAGCCCGUGAAAUGGGACUAACCGUCGGGACUCCGGUGGCCACAUCAUUGAUUGAUGCACACGCCGGAGGACUGGGAAUGAUCGGGAUUGGGUCAAAAAAUCCCACUGAAUUCAGACACCGAUUGGUGAUGAUUGGGGGCACGUCGACAUGUCACAUGUUACUCAGCGACCAAGAAGUGUUCGUAAACGGAGUCUGGGGACCAUACUACGGUGCCAUGGUACCGGGCCUGUGGCUUCUGGAAGGCGGCCAAUCAGCCACGGGCAAGCUGAUCGAUCACGUGAUCAACACUCAUCCGGCCGCCAAACAUCUGAACAUCUCGGAAGACGUGAGAGCGGAAGACUACCUGAACGGGUUACUCGUGAAAAUGGCCGCAGACAGAGGUUUGGAUGCAAUCGAUAGGUUGACCGAAGAGUUUCACGUAUAUCCUGAUUUUCACGGCAACCGAUCGCCUGUAGCGGAUCCCACGCUUAAAGGAAUGGUGGUCGGGUUGACGCUAUCCGUGGACCAAGAGAACUUGGCACUUAUUUAUCUGGCAACGAUACAGGCGCUGUGUUACGGGACCAGGCACAUCAUAGGAUCGAUGGAGAAGAAGAGCGGAGGAUCGUUAAACGUCCAAGAGAUCCUCGUGUGCGGCGGACUCUGCCGAAACCUGACGUUUUUACAGUGUCAGGCUAACGUUGCCGCGCUACCAGUACGUACUUCCACGGAAGACGACUCCGUCCUGAUCGGUUCAGCCAUGUUGGCCGCAGCAGCGUGGACGUCGUCAAAGUCAUCGGCUGAAUUCCGCCCGUGGUCUUCAUCACUCAGGGACGCCAUCACGGCAAUGGCCAGCGACGCGCGCACUCUACACCCUUCGUUGGAUUUGCAGGAGAUAUAUGGCAAUGGGUAAAUCCCCGCGGGACACUCUGUAUACUCCGUUACAUGAGAGUGCGACCACCACACGCAUCGAAAUGAAUUAACUCAGACGUCGAGAGGCCAAAUUUCCCUCACCAUGCGGCGUCCGAUUUCUGUAUACAUACGGCUCAAGUAACGCACCACAAAUAUUACCCCGACUAACCAUUAUAAUAUAGUAUAUCAGUAUAGAAGUUAUUUUUAUGAAGUAUUAUUUAUUUUGAUUAUUACUUUUUAGAUUCUGAGAUGAAUGUAUUGGUUUUACAAUGAUAUGUAUUUUUUAAAAAAAAAAUUUUUUUGUCUUUGUACACGAUAAGUAGUCGCUUCGAUUUUCCACUUCAGUAUCUUGUUCGAUGGGAAAGUGAAUAUUGUUUUUGAAUUG